AGUACGAAGGAUUAAUUUAUGUUCCCAGCUUUGCAGCUGGGCAGACUUAUUCCUCCUUCUCAUUGGCUGCUGGAAUUUUGAUUUUCGAGCUGCCCGAUUUGAAGGAUCCCAAUCUAAGUCAAACAGCCAAGCGACUCAGUCAAUUCCUCUCUCGGCGAUUCAUCAAACACAAAAGACUCAGUUUCCUGUAGUACAUGGAUCCCAUCGGCGUCGAACCAACCACCGUCCACCACGUGGUGGCGAUCCCUUUCCCACUUCAAGGCCACACCAACGCCAUGAUGAGCCUCUGCAAGUUACUAGCCGCACAGAAAGACAACCUUCUCGUCACCUUCGUCGUCACCGAAGAGUGGCUCGGCAGGAUUUCCUCCGAGCCCAAGCCGGCUACCAUCCGCUUCGCCUCAAUCCCCAACAUCGGCGAGCGCGCAAAAGCAGUAGACCUUGGGGGCUUCAUCGAAGCGGUCAUGAACAAAAUGGAAACUCCCUUUGAGCAGCUCCUGGAUCGGCUCGAGCCGCCGGUAGCUCGAAUCUUGGCUGAUUUUGAGCUUCAGUGGCCUAUCGGUGUCGGGUCUCGAAGGAAAAUUCCGGUGGCAUCCCUUUGGACCAUGUCAGCGUCUUUUUUCUCGGUGCUUCAUCAUUCUUUUGCUUUCCGACAAAAUGGGCAUUUGUCGCUUCCCUUUCCAGGUGAUGGAGAAGAGCAAAUGGACACCAUACCAGGAAUUACUUCAACACAACUAGAAGAUCUAAGAACAGUAAUUCGUGAGACCGACCCACAGGCCUUGGAAACGACCUUCCAAGGCAUUUCAAAGGCAUCCAAUGCACAGUAUCUUCUACUUAGUUCUGUCUAUGAACUUGAACCCCAAGCCUUCGACACUUUGAAAGCAAUUUUCCCUUUCCCUGUUUACUCUAUUGGCCCUGCUACCCGUUACUUGGAGAUUGAAGAUUCUUCCUCUAAAAUUUGCCCUGAUCAUGAUGACCAUCUAAAAUGGUUGGACUCCCAGCCUAAAGAUUCUGUCCUGUACUUCUCUCUGGGCAGUGUCAUGCAAGUGUCAGACGCCCAAAUGGAUGAAUUUGCUGCAGCGCUGCGUAGCAGCGGCGUUCGAUUCUUCUGGGUGGCGCGUGGAGACGCAUCUCGGCUGAAAGAGAGUUGUGGUGAUAUGGGUUUGGUCGUGCCAUGGUGCGACCAACUGAGGGUGCUGUGUCAUCCUUCUAUCGGCGGUUUUUGGUCCCAUUGCGGGUGGAAUUCCACCCAAGAAGCUGUUUAUGCUGGCGUUCCGAUGCUUGCUUUUCCUCUGUUUUUGGAUCAAGUUCCUAAUAGCAGGCAGAUUGUAGAGGACUGGAAGACUGGGUGGAGUGUGAAGCGAGCAGAGGCAGGAAGUGAGAUUUUGGUGGCAAAAGAAGCCAUAGCUGAGCUUGUUCAAAGGUUCAUGGAUCUUGAAAGCUGUGAAGGAAAUGAGAUUAGGAAAAGAGCAAGAGAGCUGAAAAAUCUCUGCCGCCAAGCAAUUGCUAAGAGUGGAUCAUCUUAUGCUAACCUUGAUGCAUUUAUUUGUAACUUCUUGGAUGGCCACGGCCAUUGUGGAGUUUCUUUGUUUGAACAAAAAUCACUCUGAAUUAAUUCUAUGCUUUUUACCGUU